GCCGAGCAGACCCUUGAGUUCAACUGAGCUGAAGUGUAGCCGCCGUGACAUUCCUCUCCCUGAGGCCGGAAACAGAUGAAGUUGCUUCCCCACCAUCACGAUUCCAUCCUCUCCUCCUUACCCCUCAGCCGUCUCUUCGUCGCCGUUCGCCUCUCGCCUUCUGCCACCAACUUCCGGUGCCGUUCUCAGCCACCGGCGAUGGUAUCUUCAACCGCAUCCACCUCCUGCCUCGGCGAGCCAGAUGGAAGCAUGAAGAGCAAGGAGGAGAAGCUGUGGGGUGGGCGAUUUGAGGAGAGCGUGACCGAUGCGGUCGAGCGCUUUACCGAGUCCAUCUCUUUCGACAAGCAGCUCUACAAACACGACAUCAUGGGUAGCAAAGCGCAUGCCACCAUGCUUGCUCAUCAGGGAUUGAUCACUGCCAGCGAUAGAGACCAUAUAUUGUCUGGUCUAGAUGAAAUUGAGACAAGAAUUGAUGUGGGAAAGUUUGUUUGGAGAAUGGACAGGGAGGAUGUGCACAUGAAUAUAGAAGCAGCAUUAACUGAUUUAAUAGGUGAACCUGCAAAAAAGCUUCAUACUGCUAGAAGUAGAAAUGAUCAAGUUGUGACUGAUCUUCGAUUGUGGUGCCGAGAAGCCAUUGAUAGAAUUACUGCACAGAUUGGACUCCUUCAGGUUGCUCUUGUUAAGCUGGCCAUGAAAAAUAAAGGGUUGAUAGUUCCUGGAUACACGCAUCUGCAGAGAGCACAACCUGUUUUGCUUCAGCAUCUUCUAUUGGCCUACGUGGAACAGCUUGAACGUGAUAUUGGUAGGCUGAACAACUGCAAGGAUCGAAUGAACUUCUGCCCACUUGGUGCUUGUGCUUUGGCUGGUACUGGCCUUCCAAUAGAUAGGUUCAUGACUUCAAAUGCUUUGGGCUUUACUGCUCCACUGAGAAAUAGCAUUGAUGCAGUUUCAGACAGAGAUUUUGUACUGGAAUUCCUUUCUGCAAAUUCCAUCAUUGCCAUGCAUCUUUCAAGGCUUGGAGAAGAAUGGGUUUUGUGGGCUUCAGAAGAGUUUGGAUUCUUGACUCCUAGUGAUUCUGUUUCAACUGGAAGCAGCAUCAUGCCUCAAAAGAAAAAUCCAGAUCCUAUGGAGCUCGUCCGCGGUAAAUCUAGCAGAGUCAUUGGAAGCCUUGUAACUCUUCUUGUUUUGUGCAAAGGGCUCCCUCAAGCCUACAACCGUGAUUUACAAGAAGACAAGGAACCUUUGUUUGACAGUGUCAAAACUAUUCUAGGCAUGUUAGAAGUUUCAGCUGAGUUUGCACAGAACGUUACUUUUAAUGAUGCAAAAAUAGAGAAGGCUCUACCAGCUGGGUAUCUUGAUGCUACAACCCUUGCUGACUACCUUGUGAAGAAGGGCGUGCCAUUUAGAACUUCACAUGACAUUGUUGGAAGAUCUGUAGCUCUCUGCAUCUCAAAAAAUUGUCAGCUUUCUGCUCUGUCACUUGACGAUCUCAGGGGAAUGGAUCCUGUGUUUGAGGACGAUGUUUACGAGUAUUUGGGCGUCAAAAAUUCUGUGAACAAGUUUUCGUCGUACGGCUCGACCGGUUCAGACUGUGUGGCUGAGCAGAUCCAGUUCUGGAUUUCAAAGCUUCAGAUCAGCUGAAGCUGUGCAGGUAGUUGUUUUUGUUCUAUCAUGAUUAUAAUUUCCAUGAUGAGAAUACAGUUAAUUGCAGAUCAAAAAAACUGUUUUUUGGUGUUUUAUUUUAUUAUGUAUUCAUGUAAGAAUAGGGUU